CUUGACGCCUGAGGCUCUACAUCUUGGGGCCUGAGGAGCUACAUAUUCAGGCCUAAGGCAUUCAUGCAUAUCGCCAUGAACUUACGCUAGCACAACUCAAGCUAGCGCGAACCGAGUAAAUCCAAAGGUACCGAGUAUUUCUGGUAAGUCUUCCCGAAUGACAUGAAAAAUUAUCUUCAUUCCAACAAUUCUUACGCCCACGCUGCCUCAUCUGCUCAGACUCUUCACCAUGACCAAAGCGAAAUCUGGAGAAGCACGAUCACCAGCCAAAGAACAGCUACGAAAUCGUGAAUCCCAGCGUCAGUCACGAGAGCGCCGCAAGGAAUAUGUCCUGGACCUCGAGCGGCGACUCCGGGACUACGAGCGAGCAGGCAGCCAAGCAUCGUCUGCCAUGCAGGAAGCUGCUCGGCAAGUCGUGCAGGAGAAUCAUGGCUUGAGAGCUUUGUUGUAUCAUCUGGGCCAUAAUGAUGCCUAUAUCAAUGAGUUUUUGAGGUUCAAUCACGCCAGGCUGAAUGGCGCUACCACGGAGUCGUACAGCCAGCUCAGCCAGCGUAAGAUGGUAUCGGAAACGUUGGCUGCGAUGCCGAGUACGCCGAUCGAUGCCAGAGCACCCUUUUCUGCUCAGAUAAAGCAGCCACUGAACAAUGCAGGUGCAAUCACUCCGAAGCAGCACCGAGUGCCGGUUCAAGAAGCAGAAGCCGUGCGUGGAGCCGUCCAGAUAGACACAGGCACGGGUGUCCAUGCUGAUGCAUCAAAGGAUACUAUGGACUGCGAGGAAGCUGCUCGGCUCAUUGCAUCAUUCCGAGGCCACCACUCGACCGAUCAGAUAUGGCCGGAGCUCGGAUGUAGCUCAGCCAAGCGGUGCGCAGUCAAGAACAGCAUCAUCAUGAGCCUAGCAGACGGCGAGGGAUCUUGAGCACAUCAUGUUACUGAGUCCUGGACCGAUCGACUUUCUGGCGUUAUUACACGACCACUGCUCAGAGUGCAGAAACAGCACAACGGAGUCGAUCCAGAGCAACAUACCACUGACACAAAGUAUGCUGUCGACUUCCCGCCACCUACAGUACAAAACGGCCACCAGCAUCUCGUAUACGCAAUCAACGCUCCCGUCCAGCAGCCUCUACACAUUCAACGUCGAUGUAAAUGCUUACGAUGGAUCAUCCUCCAAAGUAUAGCUCGAACCCUUAACUCCUGCGUCAGUCAGUCUAGCUGAGCAUCACAAAAGAGUUCGUCUGGAACACAAGCAGCCCAGCGACCAGGGCAGUUACGCAAGAUAUACCAGCGUCUGAUACUGUGCGCUGCAUAUAGCCAGAAGCAAGUAGCACUAUGGCAAGAAAUAGUUGGAUCGGCCACUUGGGGCGGAGCUGGUG